AUGACACGACCGACGCCUGCCAUCCUGAGGGGAAUCAGGCUCCCGAGACGUUAUAAAGCCAAGACGUCUGAGACCAUCCCCGUCUCACCCUCUCUCCCCGCAUCAUCCCCAUCGAUCGUUUGGUCAGCCGCCAUAUCGUCCCUAUCUGCCCCCCGCACCGCCCUUGCUCUCUCCUGUGCCCAGAGAUCCUCUGUUCCCGCGAAUAGACUUGCCGCCUUCAGGCUCUCCCAAAUCAGUAGAACUAUCACAACUACAGCAAUCCAAAAAAUGCCGCCUGUUACGACGCCUGGCCACGAGAAAUUUGACAUUAUCUACAUUGGAGGAGGGAGCGGUGGUGUUGCUGGAUCGCGCCGCGCCGCGUCAUAUGGCGCGAAAGUCGCGUUGAUCGAGCAUUCAGAAAGGUUGGGCGGUACUUGCGUGAACGUUGGAUGUGUCCCGAAGAAGAUUAUGUGGCAUGCUGCCGAUAUUGCAGACAAGAUCCGGCACGCAGCUGGAUACAAGUUCCAUGGUCCAGGCAUCGGAUCUCCUCAGUUCGAUUGGGCGUCAUUCAAGCCCCAGCGUGACGCCUACAUCCGGCGGCUGAACGGGAUCUACGACAGCAACGUCGCCAAAGAGGGUGUCGAGCUGCAUCACGGCCAUGCACGUGUGCUCUCGCCUACCAGCGUGCAAGUGACCCGGCCCGAUGGAUCGAAGUACGCCUUGCAAACAGACAAGAUCGUCGUCGCGACCGGUGGGCGGCCGACGGUCCCCUCUGACAGCGAGAUCCCUGGUGCAAGCUUGGGUAUCGACUCAGACGGCUUUUUCGACCUUGAGCAGCAGCCGCGUCGCGUCGCGGUCGUCGGGGCGGGCUAUAUCGCCGUCGAGCUGGCAGGCGUGUUCCAUACGCUCGGCAGCGACGUACACAUGGUUAUUCGCGGUGACACCGUCCUGCGCACAUUCGACCCAUCUCUCGGCGAGGUCCUGACAAAUUGGAUGGAGCACACCGGUAUUAACUUCCAUAAGAGCCAGAAGGUCGUGCGCGUCGAGGGCGCGCCGGGCCAGACGCUCACAAUAAACACCGACAAGGGCACGAAGGUCGAGGUUGACUGUGUGCUGUGGGCCAUUGGCCGACAUGCGAACACGGAGGACCUCGGGCUGCAGGAGCUCGGCGUGAAGAUGGACGCGAAGGGCGACGUUGUUGUGGACGAGUGGCAGAAGAGCAACGUACCGGGCAUUUUUGCGCUCGGAGAUGUCUGCGGCAAAGCGCUCCUUACGCCCGUAGCGAUCGCUGCAGCGCGCCGGCUGAGCAAUCGCUUGUAUGGAGGGGAGCAGUACAAGAACGACAAGCUGGAUUACGAAAAUAUCCCGACGGUCGUGUUCUCGCAUCCCACCAUCGGCACCGUCGGUUUGACAGAGCCCGAGGCGCGCAAGAAGUACGGUGAUGCCAAUAUCAAGAUCUACAAGUCGUCGUUCCGCGCGUUGUACUUCUCGAUGCUCCCCGAGGAUCACAAGGAGCCCUCGAUGUACAAGCUGAUCUGCGCGGGUCCUGAGGAGCGAGUUGUUGGCAUCCACAUCAUAGGGCUCGGGAGCGACGAGGUCAUGCAGGGCUUCGGCGUUGCAGUGAAGAUGGGCGCUCGCAAGCAGGACCUGGACGACACGGUGGCGAUCCACCCAACGUCUGGCGAGGAGCUUGUGACGCUGCGCUAA